AUGACGAACCUCACAUACUUGCAAGCUAUUGUGAAGGAAACAUUAAGACUAUACCCUGCUGCGCCACUCUCAGUGCCACGGGAAGCCAUGGUGGAUUGCACCAUAGCCGGUUACCACAUCCCAGCUGGCACACGCCUUUUUGUUAACCUGUGGAAGAUGCACCGUGACCCUAACAUUUGGAUUAACCCUUUGGAAUUUCAGCCCGAGAGGUUCCUGAAUGAGCAUACCCAUCAGGAUAUCAGGGGUCAGGACUUCGAAUGUAUACCAUUUGGAUCUGGUAGAAGAAUGUGCCCAGGAGUGUCAUUUGCUCUUCAGAUUCUACACCUCACACUAGCUCGGCUGCUUCAGGGCUUCGAAUUGAAGAGAGUCUCAGAUAAUCCAAUUGAUAUGAGUGAGAGUCCUGGAUUGACUUCACCUAAAGCAACACCUUUAGAGGUUGUUCUUAGCCCAAGACUACCUUCCAUGCACUAUGAAUGUUAA